CUCUUCUACUCUCUUACUCUUUUACUCUCUUAUUUACUUCAUCCUCAUUUUUGGUGACUGUGUAAAUACAUAUACUCAUACUCGCAUCUGUCUCCUCCAAGCUUACCCUACCUGUCUUGUUUACUGUAUACUUGGCGCUGCCUUAUCCGAUAACCCUACAUACCUUAACUCAACCAUCUCGGUGUAUCGAGUAUAUCACCUGCCAUCCUCAUCCAUCACCCUACAAGGAAUCUAUCAGCUAUCUCCAACGAUUCACAAUGGCAGCUCCUCGCUCAAAUUCCCUGCGUGCUCUUCGUCUGCUCUCGCAGCACCACUCUACCACCCUCCCCUGCGCUCGCCGGGGCCUGCACAUUACCGGCGUCCACUCGGCGCAACCGGCCAACGUUUCAGACCGAACCUCUCUGUACUCCAGCCGCACCAUUGCUGAUCUCAAGAAUGAGUGCCAGAAGCGCUCCUUGAGGAGCAGCGGUACGCAAGCCGAGCUUGUCGAGCGUCUCCAGAACCAUGACUUCCUUCAAUCCCGCGCCUUCAGCAUCGCCAUGCGCCGUAUCAGCGGCAAUUCUAGUUCCGAGGAAACCCACAGCCGUCAAUUCAACACUUCCCGGUCCAUGAAGGCCGUGGGUGACUCAUCCACCGUCGACUUCGCCUACAUGCCCUCACUGGCGGAGCUCGAUGGCCCGGCCGCUCGCGCCGAUCCGCAAUUCCCGAUUGUCCCCGACUUCUACUCCCACCAGAGCGCGGCCGUGGCGGAUUCCCCCAUGAAGCCCCAGAUCUACACCGUCUCCGGCGGGGCAGCCGAUGUCUCCGCCAGUCCGAUGACGGAGGUCGUCGACAACCACUCGGUGGACAUCGACCCGUUCUCGCUGACGGAGGCGGUGGGCAAGUCCCGGUUCGGGGCGGAGUCGACCCAGCAGAAGGAGCCUGGUGUGUUCCGCGAGCUGUGGACGGGGGUGGUGGAUGACAUCUUAGGUAGACAGCCGGCUGUUGUCAGAAAGUGAUGCGUCCCACCCGGUGAUCGAUUUAUCCCAUUUUCAGAAUGUCGUGAUUGUCUCUAGCGAUGCGUGAUGUUUGUUGUGUUGUGUUUUUUCAUAGUCAUAGU